UUUUUUCAAUAUCAUACAGUAGAAAAAUUUAGAAUUUUUACGUUUUUACGGAUAAUGGAGGAGGUUGACAAUAUAAUCAUUCAUUCAUUGCGUCAAAUAGGCUGUGACAUAGAAGAGAAUAUAACAAAUCUCAGUGGUUUUAAUACAGAGUUAGUAAUAGAAGCAACUGUAAAAUGUUUAAAUAUAAUAAGACCAGGCCUUGGAUUAUCAACAAUUCUACCUGUAAAUAUGGCAGCCAGAUUUCGAUUGGGUGCUACACUUGCUCAAGCAUGUUCAGAAUUAGGAUACAAAGGUGAUAUUGGUUAUCAAACAUUUUUAUACAGUUCAGAAGCAGACUUACGAAAAGUUUUUAUGUUUCUUAUUGAAAAAUUACCGAAAGAAAGCGAUAAGCCUUUAAGUGAACCUGUUAGUAAUAUUGCAUUGUUAGAAAAAUCUAUAGCAACAGCAAUAGCACAGAGUCUUUCAGCUUCAUGGUUGCCACAUUAUUGUCAUACAAAGGGAUUUAGAAAUAGAGGAAGAGCAAGAGUUCCUUAUAAAUCUGUAAAUUUAGAGAUCCCAAAAAUGGAUAAUAAAGAAGAAUACCAAGAUUAUUCUAUACAUUAUCUACAAUCUGUGCCUGAACAAGUGCAAAAUGAUUCAUCACUUCUACCCUCUUUGAUAUCCUAUAAUGCACGAGCUCUUCAUUCACAUUCAAUGAGUAUUCUUGACCAAAUAAAUUGGUUGAAUAAGCAACAUUAUGAUAAAGUUACUGAUGUUAAUGCAUCUGAUAAUGUCAGUGUCUUAAAUAGGGUCUCAGUAAAAGAUACAACAUUAUCUUCCAAAGAAUCUCAGAUAAAAGAUAACACCUCUAGAGAAACUAAACAAGUAGAAGAAAAAAUAUUAGAUAAAGUGAAAAAACAAGACUUACAGAUAGAAAAAGUGAAAGUAGAAUGUGAAAAUUUCAGAACUGAUAUAGAAGAAUUACAAGAUGCAAUCAAGAAUUUAACUACCAGUGUAUCACAAGUAACAAUCAAUUAUCAAAAUGAAGAGAAAGAGUUAACAAUCAAUGAAGAACAAAAAAAACUUAAAGCAAGAAUUUAUGAUCUAUUUCAAGAUGGUGAAGAAAAUAUUAAAAAACUAGAGGCAGCAGUUGAAGCUACUACAAAUAAAUUAAUUAAUUUAGGUAAUCAAUGGGAAAAACAUAGAGUGCCACUAAUUCAAAUAUACAGACAAGAAAGAGAAAAAUAUUCUACUAAAGCUAGUGCAAGUCAGAAGAAACUUGAUGAAAUUAAGUUACUAAAAGAGAAGGAAAGAGAACUUCAAGAAGAAUGUCGUAACAAAGAUCAGCAAUACUCACAAUUGGUUACUGAAGUUCAAAAGCUUCCUAAAGAAGUGAAUAGGUCCGCAUAUACUCAACGAAUUUUAGAAAUAAUUAACAACAUUAGAAAACAAAGAGAUGAAAUUGAUAAAGUAUUAAUUGACACUCGACAAAUCCAAAUAGAAAUUAACACACUUACAGGCAGAUUAGAAAGAUCUUUUACUGUUGUUGAUGAAUUAAUAUUUCGAGAUGCAAGAACAAAUGAAGCAUCAAGGCAAGCUUAUAAAUUACUAGCCAAACUUCAUUCCGACUGCAGCGAACUCGUAAGUUUAGUAGAAGAAACAGGUGCAACUAUAAGAGAAAUAAGGGAUUUAGAAGAGCAGAUUGAUUCUGAAGCUACAAAAAAUGUUGGAGCAAAUUUAGAGAGAAUAACUGCAGACUUGAAGCAAAUGAAACAGGAAACAGCAGAAUUAACGGCACAACUUCAGAAUAAAACUUCGUGAUUUUUGCGUAAUCUGUGAUAUUAUGAUAUAUUAUUUGUAAUAACAACGACCAGGACAUUCCUUAUAAACAAAUGCGAUUACGGAGACCAAAUUUUAUAUGCAGAAUUUGAUAUAUUACUGCUCCUGUAAAACAAUAUUUGCAACUUUAGGAAUAACUGUUAAAUGUGUGCCUUGGCCCAAAAUUAUAUACAUAAUGAUAAUCAUGCUUAUAAAAGGGUCAAGUAUAUGACAUAAAUUGAUUCAAUAUCAAUGCUCA